AUGGUGAAGAAGAAUGGAGAUUUCAUCAGCUGUGAGAUAUUCCAGGAGCCAGAAUCAGCUGCACUUGGAGGGAUGGAGGGCUCACUGAUGGGGACUCAACAGAAGAUGGAGAGGAAGCAGAAGCCACAGGAAAUUAAAGGUGUUGAGGGUAAAGAUCAGAGCUGUCUGAGGGUUGUGCUUGUGGGGAAGACAGGAAAUGGGAAAAGUGCCACAGGAAACACCAUACUGCAGAGUGAGAAGUUUCUGUCUGAGUCCAGUUCAACAUCAGUGACUACCUGCUGUCAGAAAAGAGUAGGGGAAGUAGCUGGCAGGCGGAUUGCUGUAGUUGACACACCGGGUCUCUUUGACACAUCAAUGUCUAAUGAGGAGGUCCAGGAGGAAAUAGCCAAAUGCAUCUCCUAUUUGGCCCCAGGACCUCAUGUGUUUCUCCUGGUGCUACAGAUUGGGAGAAUCACAAAGGAGGAGAAGGACACAUUGCAGCUCAUUAAGAGUACCUUUGGUAAAAUGGCUGAAAUGUUCACCAUGGUUCUGUUCACAAGAGGGGAUGAUCUUAAUAAACCAAUUGAAAGUUUCAUUGAAAAAGGUGGUGCUACAAUCCAGAAUCUGAUUAAAGGCUGUGGAAACAGGUUUCAUGUUUUCAAUAAUAGAGACAAGAGCAACUUCCCCCAAGUGUCUGAGCUGCUGGAUAAGAUAGACAUGAUGGUGCAGAAGAACGGAGGAGGCUGCUACACCAAUGAGAUGUUCCAGGAGGCAGAAUUUACCAUAAAGAAAGAAUGUGAGAGAAUACUGAGAGAGAGAGAGGGAGAGAUGCAGAGAGAGAGAGAGGAGCUGCAGGCAAAACAUAAAGAGGAGAUGAAAGAGAUGAAGAGAAGGAUGGAAGAGCAGAGACUUAAAGAACAGGAAGAAAGAAACCAUCGGGAAAAAGAGCUGAAAGAAAAAGAAGAACAUUUAAGGAAAGAGCUACAAGAUUGGAAGAAAAGAGAGCAGGAGGAAAAAGAAAGAAGAGAUGAGGAAGAGAAAAAGAACAGAAGACAAGAGUUAGAGUGGAAGAGGAAAAUGGAUGAGAUAGAGGGAGAGAAAAUGAGACUCAGAGAGGAGUGGAAAAGAAAGGAAGAGGAAGAGAAGAACAAGGUAGAAAGAGAUGAAAUAGAGAGACAAAAGCUGAUAGAAAAGCAAAGACGAGAAAAUGAAGAAUUUGAGGAAAAGCAGGCAAAGAAAAAGAGGGAUAGAGAGGAGCGGGAGAGGAGAAACUGUGAGGAGAAUGAAAGAAGGGAUUGGGAACAGAAAAUUAAAGAGGCAGAGAAAGAGAAGAAAGAGAUACAGGAAGACAUGAAGACAAGAGCUGAGGAAUGGGAACAGGAAAGGGGAAAGGAACAAAGAAGACAGAAGGAGGUAGAGAUGGAAUGGAAGCAAAAAGAAGAGCAAGAAAGAAAAGAAAAACCCGACAAGCUGAGAGUCGUGUUUGACUGCUCAGCCAAGUUCCGUGGUGUUUCUCUCAACGACACUCUACUGACGGGGCCCAACCUAAUCAAUCCUCUAGUGGGAGUUCUUUGUCGCUUCAGAAAGGUGGCUGUCGCCAUCAUCUGCAACAUUGAAAGGAUGUUUUAUCAGUUCUUCGUCACUCCCGAGUCCCGGGAAUUAUCUGAAAUUCCUCUGGUGGAAAGGUGGAGAUUUGGAAAGUGA